UUAAAAAAAGAUCAAUUAGGAUGAUAUCAAGAAAAUGUCAAUGCUAGGAAGCACAAUAUUGAAGAUGAACCCAAAACCUACAUUUCAUGAUUUCAAGAAACAAGCUUCGUUUAUACUCAAGGAGAAGAUCAAAACUGCCCGUUUGGCCCUCACCGAUGUCACACCAGCCCAGUUAUUGGCUGAGGAAGCUACCAACGGUGAUCCGGGCGGGCCGGAUACCCAAGCACUUAAGAUGAUAUCGAAAGCGGCUUUUGAAGUCGAUGAUUAUUGGAGAAUCGUGGAAAUUCUGCAUAAAAGAUUGGUAAGAUUUGAUAAGAGAAAUUGGAGGGCUUCUUACAAAGCUUUGAUUGUACUAGAAUACUUGUUGACUCAUGGGCCUGAGAGUGUUGCACAAGAGUUUCAAAAGGAAAGAGAUGUUAUUACAGAAAUAGGACGCUUUCAACAUGUUGAUGAAAAGGGAUUUAAUUGGGGUUUGAAUGUGAGGAGGAAAUGCGAUAGAAUAUUGAGGUUGCUUGAAAAUGGGCCUCUUCUUAAAGAGGAGAGAGACAAGGCUAGAAAGAUAUCAAGAGGGAUUGAAGGAUUUGGUAGCUUCUGCAUUAGAACUUCAUCAACUCAUCAAGAAUCAUUAUCAAAAACAUUUGAAAGAUGCAAUUCUCAGUUCAAUAAUGGAGAUGUUUCCACACUCGCCUCAUCUGAUAGCGACCUCGUUAACACAAGGACAGACGAUCCAUCUCCGGGUUUGAGCAAAGAAAGUUCGAUAGCUGAAUCAUAUGGUAUCCAGAAUAAUAUUUUUGGGGAGACGUCUAAGCCCAUGUUAGAUGAACAGAGGAGUGAGUUGUCUGCGAUAGAUACAAAAACAUCGGUUGAAGACCUUCAUCCGUUCGAUGAAACAGAACACCUAGCGUCCCAGUCACUGCUUUAAGUUGCACACACAUAUGAUCAAAAUGUCGAUUCUAAGAUGAUUUAAUUGGUGGAGUGGUUGUACUUGUACCAUGAUAAUUUUAUCAUCUUUGAGUUUAAAAAAUGAUCUUGUGAUCGAGCUACCCAGAGGACAUGUUUUCUUUGCAAGAUUGUGUUUCUAGGCAUGGUGAACAUAUGACAAUACUUGUUUGAAGCAUAGCA